AUGUCGUUGUUUGAUCCUCUAGGGUUGGUGUCGCCGAUAACUGUGCGGGCUAAACAGCUAUUACAGGAGGUGUGGCGACGCGGCACCGAUUGGGACGACCCGAUCGACGACGAACUGUCCGCCGCCUGGGUGAACUGGCUCACCCAUUUGAAGCAACUCAGCGGCGUAACAGUGCCGCGCUGCUAUCCCGGCUACUCCCGAGCGAGAAAACUCCAACUCCACGUGUUCACCGACGCCAGCGAGUCAGCCUACGCGACCGCGCUCUACUGGCGCGCCGAGGACGACGACGGACGAGUCACAGUCACGUUACUGGCGGCCAAGGCAAAGGCAGCUGUACUCGGCGCACGGAUGGCUGCGAGUGUGACACAGGAGCACUCCAGGCAGCCAGAAUCCACGACCUACUGGACCGACAGCAAGACAACACUGUGCUGGAUCAGGACGGGAGCCAGGUCGUACAAGCCCUACGUAGCGCAUCGAAUCGCCGCGAUAGAAGAACACACACAGGCGAAUCAAUGGAGAUGGGUGCCUACGCGCUACAACGUUGCCGACGACGCUACGCGCGACGUUCCCGACAACUUCACGCGGGAACACAGGUGGUUCAACGGACCAGAGUUCCUCCGCGACCCGCCCGAACUAUGGCCUGCGGAGGAAACACAGCUGAGCACCGACACGGGUGAGGAAAGAGUGAACACUAUUACAGAGCGUCGGGAGAAACAGUACAAGGAGGUCCUGCCCGACGUGAAUCGAUUCUCAAAUUGGAAUCGCUACGUUAGAGCUGCCGCCCGCGUACUACAAGCAGUACAACACUUCAAACAACGCGUCAACACGGUCCAUUACAAGAGGACCAAGGCGGCCGCAAGCGAGAAUCCGGAUUGGAGGCGCAACGAAGCCGCGAAAAAUGCGGCGAAACGAGUCGUACAAGCACCGGAGGAGCGAUUUGUGACGCUCCCAGCCGAGUUGCAAGAAGAGGCCGAGCGCAUAAUCAUAAAGCAGAAUUUCAGCCGCCACGGGGUAAGCGCCGCAACAAAGAACCCUCCGAUCGUCGAUGGCGAACAUCGGGCGACGAAACUGUGGGUGGAACAUGUCCACACACAACUCCACCAUGCAGGCGUGGAGAGCGUCGUCAAUUACUGUCGGCAGCACAAAUGGGUCAUUCGACUGCGCCCGACGGUCAAGGCGGUGGUCAGGAGCUGCUUCAAGUGCCGCCAGAGGGCGGCCACUCCACCGCAACCGAUAACGGGAGACUUGCCUCCCUGUCGACUGGCGCAUCAUCACCGGCCGUUUACAUACACCGGUUUGGACUAUUUCGGCCCGCUCACAGUCACCGUGGGCCGGAGUAAUCAAAAAAGAAAGGAGCUGCGCAACACCCUCCUCGCUGGCGCCGAACAAGAGGCGUCGCGGAGGGCGAUUAGAUGGCGUUUCAUCCCUCCGGGCGCACCAUUCAUGGGUGGCGCCUGGGAACGACUCGUGCGGUCGGUCAAGACCGCGCUGACGACGGUGCUUCACGAGCAGAGGCCACAUGAAGAGACGCUGUCGACGCUACUCGCCGAGGUGGAGUUCACAGUCAACAGCCGCCCACUGACUCAUGUGUCGGUGAACCCCGAAGAUCCGGAGGCCCUGACGCCUAACCACUUUCUGUUGGGCUCCGAACACGGCUACGGCACACAUGCCGACCUUCGAGCGUCGCAGCAGCUGGCCGACGCUUCUGGACCCGCUGGUUACGAGAGUACCUUCCCGAGCUCCGCAACCGGCGGGAGCCCCGCAGCAAGGGACCAGAGCUACACAUCGGCGACGUCGUGCGCAUCGUGGACGGGACGCUCCCACGAAACGCGGGUGCGUGGCCGCAUCUGUGCUACGCAUCCGGGACCUGACGGCGUGACGCGCACGGUGGACGUAGCCACGCGGGGAGGCGUGCUACGACGCCCCGUGAAGAAAAUCGUCCUCCUGCACCCUGCGGCACCCGAGCGACGAGGCGGCGGCGACGAAGAGGCGGCGCCGCAAUCGGCGGCGAGCACGUCCUGCACGUCUACAUAA